GGUUAGUUUCUUUGCGGGGAUGUUUCUCAAUUUUGGCCCAUCUCUCUCUGCUUGUGGGAUCAAGUUUCAAGCAUUUUGAUUGGCUGUCUCUCUUACUUCCUUGUGAACAAGUUUUUAUUGAGGAGAGGACACUCUACACUACGCACAAUACCUGAUGAAGAUGAGGGUUGGAAUUGAAGAAAGAAAGAGAGAAAAGCUGAUACAAUUACAAAAGCUGAAUGUUUAAAAGCCUAAAAAGAAAGAUGAUAAUCAAACCAAAAGAAAAGAAAGGAAAAGGGGCUCAUCUCAUGUUAUACCUCUGACCAUAUCUUUCUCUCUCCCUCCCUUCAUCUCCAUCCUCUAUUGGCUUUUUUUUUUUUUCCUAUUUUUCAUUUUCUUUUUAAAUAUAUAGACUCCUCAACUUUACAGAGUGAGAAGAAAAAGCGAAGAUCAGCAGCAGUUGGCAAAGGAAAAUAUAUUGCUUUGCUUUGCCUCUUUGGCUUAUAUAUAUUAAACAAGUUAAUCGCCCCAAGGAGAGGUUUUGCUGCAAUAUUUACCCAUGUUGGCCAAUAACUCUUGUUCUUCAGUUCCUUCUUCGGAGCCAUUUUCCUGCUUAGAGAAUGGUACUAAUAACAAUAAGAGGAAAAGAAGACCGGCAGGAACGCCAGAUCCAGAUGCAGAAGUAGUUUCUCUCUCGCCUAAGACACUACUAGAAUCGGAUCGUUACGUUUGUGAGAUCUGCAAUCAAGGAUUCCAGAGAGACCAAAACCUACAGAUGCACAGGCGGCGACACAAGGUUCCAUGGAAGCUACUCAAGAGAGAAUCUCCAGUGGUGAAAAAGCGGGUGUUCGUUUGCCCGGAGCCUAGUUGCUUGCACCAUGACCCCUGCCAUGCUCUAGGCGAUUUGGUUGGGAUCAAGAAGCACUUCAGGAGAAAACACAGCAACCACAAGCAAUGGGUCUGCGAAAAAUGUUCCAAGGGCUAUGCAGUUCAAUCUGAUUAUAAGGCCCAUCUUAAAACCUGUGGCACCAGAGGCCAUUCUUGUGACUGCGGCAGAGUUUUUUCAAGAGUUGAGAGUUUCAUUGAACAUCAAGAUGCUUGCCAUAUGGGGCGUAUCCGGCCAGAAUCACAAGCACUGCAGCCGGCUUGCUUGUCGCGAACAGCUUCAAGCCCCAGUCGAUCCAGUGAUACCAAUUUCAGUACAGCUCCUUGGCCUAGUUUGGGGUUAGCGAAGACAUCGGAUACCAUUUUUUUGAGCCCUAGAAAAGAUAAUUCCCCUAAAAAUGCGCACUACCACAAUUUGGAGCUUCGACUCUUAACCACAUCAAAUCCCACUGAGGUCUCAGUUACCCCUAAAAAAGAUGAUAAUCAUUCAACCCAGUUACAGCUCUCAAUCGGCUCAUCCGAUGUUGGCGACAAAAUUGAAUCAUCUUUUACUUGUACAGACAAGGACGCAAGCAAGAAAUCAGCUCAUCAGGAGAUUCAUGAGAAACCAGGCUUUGUUGCGUCGAGGCUAAAAGAACAAGCUCGCGAGCAGUUAAGAUUGGCAAUGGCGGAGAAAACUUAUGCUGAAGAGGCAAGACAACAAGCAAAAAGGCAGAUUGAAUUAGCUGAACAAGAGUUUGCCAAGGCAAAGAGAAUCAGGCAACAAUCACACGCUGAAUUAGAAAAGGCUAAAGCUUUAAAAGAUUGUGCAAUAAAGCAAAUCAACUCCACCAUUCUUCAAAUUACUUGCCAUACUUGCAAACAGCAAUUUCAAGCAAGAACUCCUCCCGAAGAGAACUCCCUAGUUGUGAGUUACAUUUCGUCAGCUUUAACAGAUGGUGAAGUUGAAAACGAUAUUCGAUUAAAUCUUACAAAGGCUACUAACACAUAAACCAAUCUCUCGAACUCAUCUGUACGUCAACUUCUUUUUCUUUCAUAUUCCACCUCUUUCCUUCUUAUAUCUACUGAUAUACCAAAAAUUGUUGUUUUGAACUUUUGAUAAUCUCAAGUUGAUUAGUGGAGUGCUGUAUCCUGCAAUUUGUGUGAUGUAAUUUGUUCAUUAAUUUGGUUAAAUGGGAGCUAUAUAGUGAUGGGUUUUGUUAGUGAAAUAUUCAGGGUAAUAAGUUGAUCAAUUAAUAUUAAUCGUGCGUUUUUCUGAAUUCUUUUUCUUUUAA